UGGGAUUGAUGCUUACAAUGGGUCAUUAGCAUAAAGUGUCAGUGCAGGAGCAGCGUGCAGCAGCUGGGGACACCUUCCAGACAUCUGCCAGUGCAGCAAUCCCAGGGACCGGCCAUUGGAAAAGCCUCCAGGAUGUGCGGUAUAUGGGUACUGUUUGGCAGUGAUGAAUGCCUUUCAGUGCAGUGUGUCAGCGCCAUGAAAAUCGCACACCGCGGACCUGACGCAUUUCGGUUCGAAAAUGUGAACGGAUUCACCAACUGCUGCUUCGGUUUCCACCGUCUGGCGAUUGUGGAUCAGUUAUACGGCAUGCAACCGCUGCGGGUGAAGAAGUUCCCUUACCUAUGGCUGUGCUACAACGGGGAGAUUUACAACUACAAGCAGCUGCAGAAACAUUUUGGCUUUGAGUACCAGACUAUGGUGGACGGGGAGGUGAUUCUCCAUCUCUACAGUAAACUUGGCAUUGAACAGACGGCCGCUUUGCUGGACGGGGUUUUUGCGUUCACCCUCUUGGACGUAGCCAAUAAGAAGGUCUUUCUGGGAAGAGACUCUUAUGGAGUCCGACCGCUGUUUAGACUGCUCACUGACGAUGGCUUUUUGGCAGUUUGCUCUGAAGCGAAAGGCCUCAUCAACCUGAAACAUUCAAUGAUCUCAACUCUGAAGAUUGAUCCGUUUCCCCCCGGACACUGUGAAGUUUUCGAUUUGAAGGAUAGCGGAAAAGUUGCCUCAGUGGAAUUGGUAAAGUUUCGCAACUUCAAGGAUGAACCCCAGCACGCAGCGUACGAUUCUCUGGGAAAGCUGCAAGCAGGGCUAGAUCGCGAAACGGUUAAAAGAAACAUCUGCCUUCUUUUUGAGAACGCGGUCAGGAAGCGAUUAAUGUCGAACAGACGGAUUGGCUGCCUGUUGUCAGGGGGUCUGGACUCCAGCUUGGUUGCUGCAACUCUUCUGAAGCUGAUGAGAGAAGGCAACGUACCUUACCCCCUGCAGACAUUUGCAAUUGGAAUGGAAGAUAGCCCUGAUUUACAGGCUGCAAAAAAGGUCGCCAACUACAUUGGUAGUGAACAUCAUGAACUCAUUUUUGAUGCUGAAGAGGGGAUUCAGGCGGUGGAUGAGGUCAUCUUCACACUAGAAACCUAUGACAUCACAACCGUAAGAGCCUCUGUCGGGAUGUAUUUGAUUGCCAAGUACAUACGAAAGAAGAAGGACAGCGUGGUGAUAUUUUCCGGCGAAGGCUCCGAUGAGCUCACCCAGGGCUAUAUCUACUUCCACAAGGCCCCUUCUCCUGAAGAGGCGGCAGAAGACAGUGAGCGCUUACUGCGGGAACUCUACAUGUUUGAUGUUCUUCGUGCUGACAGAACAACCGCUGCACACGGGCUUGAACUGCGAGUGCCUUUCCUGGAUCAUCGCUUUACUGCUUACUACCUCUCUUUGCCCCCCGAGCUGCGGACGCCUAAGAAUGGCGUCGAAAAAUACCUCCUGAGAGAAGCCUUUGAGGGCUCCGGCCUCAUACCCAAAGACAUUCUGUGGAGACCCAAGGAAGCGUUUAGUGAUGGCUUGACAUCUGUAAAGAAGUCCUGGUUCUCCAUUUUGCAGGACCAUAUAGAUCAGCAGGUUGAUGACAUGAUGCUGGAGAAGUCUGCCGAAAAGUUUCCAUUUAAUCCUCCCAAGACAAAGGAAGGUUACUUCUACCGUCAGAUCUUUGAGAAGUACUACCCGGGGCGUGCCGACUGGCUGACUCAUUACUGGAUGCCUCGAUGGAUCCACGCCACCGACCCGUCGGCCCGAACACUCACACAUUACAAAUCUGAUGCAUGAAGUUCCUCCAACCUUCAGGAAGAAAUCAUUAAUUCCCUCUUUCCAUAAAUUCUCUUUUUUAUAAGAUGACGGUUCACAAUAAAAACCCAGUGCAGAGGAUUACACAGAAAUGUU